CUGCGGCCUGCAGCACUUGGCAAGCGCCUGCUCCACCACCAGGAUGCCCAAGAGGAAGGUCAGCUCAGCCAACAGCGCAGGGAAGGAGGAGGCUAAGAGGAGGUCAGCGAGGCUGUCAGCUAAACCUGCUCCUGCGAAAGUGGAAACAAAGCCAAAAAACGCAGCGGGAAAGGAUAAGUCUUCAGACAAAAAAGUGCAACCAAAAGGGAAAAGAGGAGCAAAGGGAAAACAAGCUGAAAUACAGGCUAAACAAGAAACUAAAGAAGAUUUACCUGUAAAAAAUGGAGUAUCUAAAAAUGAAGAGAGUCCAGCCUCUGAUGAAGCAGGAGAGAAAGAAGCCGAAUCUGAUUAAUCUUGUAUACCAUGUCUUGUCAGUGGUCCCUGUUGCUCCCUUCUUUUACAAUCCAGAGGAAUAUUUUUACCAACUAUUUCGUAAAUGCAAGUUUUUUAGUAGCUCUAGAAC